AUGGAUCUGUUGUAUGUGGAUGACAUUAUUCUUACAGCCUCUUCUGAUCGCCUUUAUACUUACAUUAAGACUCCUUUUGGUUCUGAAUUUGCUAUGAAGGUUCUUGGUCCACUGAGUUAUUUUUGCAUAUUAUUGUUACUCGUCAUGACCAUGGUCUCUUCUUAUCUGAAAAAUAAUGAAUAUGCUGCUAUGAUUAUUGAACGUGUCGGAAUGUCUAAUAGUCCAUUAAUGUUCACUAAAUCCAAACUUAGUGCCACCACUAAUAAGUAUCGUAGUCUUGCAGAUGCUCUUCAAUAUCUCACAUUCACUCGGCUAGACAUUUCUUAUACUGUACAGUAA